UUUGCCAGAAAGACAAUCUAUAGUGUGAAACGACGGUAAAGUUCCCUUUGCUCCUCAACAUAUGCCAGUUUUCUCUACGGAAUCAUAGGGUCACACAGUAAGCAGUAACGCCAUUACCUUAUGCAACACAAUCGAGCGACUUUGUCUGACUCCUUAAAGGAAGAGACCCCCAAGAGACUACCGAAUACAGUGCCCGCAGAGGCUCCUAAACAAUACUCGUCACGUACUCCAUCAAGAUCGUCAUCCACUACAAGCCUCAGAUCUAGCAUAUCUAGCACGAACACUUUAUUCAAGACUAAUUAUGCCUUAAUAAGAUGUAUACGCGUGCUUUUUUCUACAAUAUACCUAAUUUACAUCAUAUUGACAAUUCCAUUGAGUUUUGAAGUUGGUGGUUUAAAUUGUGGUUUGAGUUAUUCUCUGACAAUCUUAAUUCUAUACUUCUGUUUGGCUACAUUGAGAGUUUUGAAAUACCAUCGUUUCAUUUCUAGCUUUUUAUACUACUUACAGCAUUUGCUAUUACCAACUUUGUUGUCUUUUUUUUUAACCAUUUUCAAUAGCACCCCUAGAGAAUCAAAUUCUGAGAUAAUUGAAUUAUCUUCACGUUCCAUUUUACAUAAAAUUUGGUGGCAAUACAUAAUUCAAUUCUGGAAAUUCUUUUUAAUUAACUCAACGCCAUUGUUUACGAUACUGGAAGGAUUCUGUUCUUUAUUAUCUGUUCAAGCAAUAGGUCAAUUGUUCAAGUAUUUUAUUAAAAACAAAUCUGAUAUUUGGUCGAUUUUGAAUCUAGUUUUGAGUUCCUGUAUACUCUCAGCAAGCAUUUAUUUUGCAGGUAAAAUAUAUGUUUCACCUUUGAUAGAUUUGGAGAAUGUUGGCUUGAUUAGUGCCUCGUUGUUGGGCUCCGUAUUUACGUUGACGAUAUUGAUCACAUUUUAUGCAAUUUAUUUCAACAGAGCAACGACACUAGAAAGCUCUUUGAUGGUUGCUUAUAUUGUGAAAUGCUGCUACGAAUUAUUUCCUGAAUUAUCUAAAAAUAACAUCAGCUCCCUGUUCAAAUUUGUAUUCAAUGAGUUCAAAAAAAUUGACAAUCAAGCUAAACAGUCUUUGACUUUAAACAAGCAAAACAUCAGACUUUCCACUUUUAUCAAGUUUUUCCAAUCUACUAGAGUAGCUAAGUACUGGAGAUAUUACUGGUCAAAUGAUGAGAUUACCGAUCUAUCAAGCAACAUUGCUACAAGAUUUCCAAUACUAGUUGAAAAGAGUGUAGAGUUUUUUAAGAUUGCGGAAAAUUUCGGCAAAAUCUUGUUUGACUUCAUCAUUGAGCACUUUCCAAGAUCUUUUGAGCCACUAUGGGAUUUCCUUAAAAUCUCCAUAAGCAAUUUAACAUUUUCAAUUUUGAUUCAAUUAGCCUAUAGGAUCACCGUGUUUUUUGCGGCUACCAAAAUCAUUCCUAUUUUAUCUCCAAUGAAUAAAGUAUCGAAAAGGUCUACGAAUACACAACAGUCCACAUCAAGCAGACUUAUAUAUUUAUAUUCACCUUGCAUCAUCAUUGCUGUUUACACCAACUUGAUGAUCCAGUACAACUAUGAGAUUGACAAGGAAACUCACCUAUUUACGUGGAUACAUAACAAAGCUUACGAAUUAAUGUUUUCUUCCGCGUCCUCUAAAGGACGCAGUAGUCUAAUAGUUACCGCCAAUGCUGCCUCUUCCACCUUAUCAUCAUUCUCAACAACUUCGGACUCGACGACAAUGACAGAUUCUUUUUCCACCAGCAUGCCCUCAUCAUUACCACAUUCAAUUUUCACAUCGAUCCACUCAUGGCAGUUUUGGAAUUGGAUAAAUAUUUUUGCUGUCUUACUUCUUUACUUUUCAGAGUUGGUUAGCUUUGAUCCUGCGGAUAGCGCACUGACAGACCAUUGGAACUGAAUAUUCCUCGGUCCAAAAAGGUAAUGAUUGCUUUUGUUAAUUGUUUUCUUUUGAUUGUUUUGAUUUUCUUUUCGGCUAGAGCUGGGCUUCCAUUUUUUUUUACACUUUUUCUAUUUUUCCUUUCCUUCCUUCCUUUCCUUCCUUUUCUUUUCCUUUCUUUUCUUUUCUUCAUUUUUCUUUCUUUCUUUCU